AUGGUCGCAAACCGGUACUACACCGCUGAGGUCUACUCCGAGACGUACAACGUCAACCGCUUCUGGAUGCUGGACGCCAUCGGCAUCCUCGCCGUCAUCUACGUCUGGGGCGCCAGCGAGGGCGUGCAGGCGUGGCGGCGACCGAUGCAGGGCAAGGACCAGCGCUCGUUUGAUGAGGACACCGGAAUACCUGGCCUUCUGCAUGUCAUCGACGCGAUGGGCGCAACCAUGUGGCCCUCGCUCAUUCACGCAAGUCGCGCGCGCGACCUCAUCGGCUGGGCGCUCGAAGAGGCUAGCAAGGGUCUCUAUGCGCUCAUGAUUCAUCCCCGACACGCUGUGCGCGCGCCCCGGCACCGGCCUGGACGCGGACAAGGUGGAUGCGGGGCACGCGGCAAAGCGCAAGAGCCGGAUACAACGCGAGAUGAAGGAGCCCCAGCGCUGGCGCGACACCGGGGAAGCAACGACGGGGCACAAGUUGGGCGAGACGAAAAGGCCAAGGCGCAAGAGCAUCAGCACGAGGGACAACAGCACGCGGAUGAGCAGAAGAACGAGGUCGCAAUGGAUGCAGAGGCGCAGACGUGGGACGAGAGCGCGCCCGUGUCCGCCAUGGUCGGAGGACAUGCUUGCGUCCUUGUCCGCUCGCGCAACGUGGUGUUCCCCGACAUCCACAUCCCCUCGCCCUUCCCGCGCACGGGCUCAGACAGUGGCUCGGACAUCUUCGACAACGACUUUGCCAUCGGCGCGGACCACCUGCUCGACGACCGGUACGACGACGGCCGGGUGACGCCGAUGCCCACCGGGGCGUCGUACCGCUUGCUCGGGUCCGUUCCCGACUCCGGGGAUGGGAACGACAGCAUGAGCGUCGCGAGUGGGACGUAUGGCGCGCUGGAAGACAACGACAAAGACGAUGACACGCUGACAAGGGCGGGACCCCAGCUGCACGGAGACCUCGCGCCCACAGGAGCAUUCGCACCUGCCCCAGGUGACCUCGCCCUCCUCGCCUCAACGUCUGCACCCACAGCUAGCGCAACGAAGCCGCACCCAUCGACAGCGAAGCAACGGCAAGCUUCUCCCUCGACACGGACCACGGCGAAGAGUCGUUCGUGGAACUUCUCGUGCGUGUUCAGCGUGUUGCAGGGCAUGAAGGACGAGAUCGUGGGCAUGGGCGACAAGGACGAGCGGCAGCGCGCGGCUGCGCACGUCGCGCUCAGGGUCGUCUACUGGUGGGAUCGGGACCGUGGACAGGCGCGUGCGGAGCUCCCGUUAGUGUUCAAGAUCCCUGCGCUUAUCAUUGAGCGGGCUCGCCCGCUUCUCGUGAACCCACAGUUCUAUGAGAUCGGGGUGAACUACGGCAAUGCGGCUUAUGCAAACUUGCCGGUGCCGCACGAGGAACCGACCCCGACUGCUGUAACGUCGGGUUCAUCGUCUGCAGGCUUUGCGGAUAAACGCCUAAUGGUGUGA